CAAUUUUCGACAAUUUUCAACCAUCUUACCGUCGACACCUCGAACAAUCCUUUCGGAAUUCACCAGUUCACGACGCCUCAUGUGUUAUGAGGGGGACGAAAUCCGUUUGCCUGCUAUGUCGCCACAUAGCACGCAAUCCCCAACGGCAAGGUCAGAUAACGAGGUUUUCGACCGCGACCUCCACGAGAUACGAUGACCCAACUACCACGCCCACCCCUCGAUCCUCGGACGAUUCUCUUCCCACGGGGGCAGUUGCGGGUGAGCCGAGUCGGAAUAAAGUACGAAGAAUAGUACACGAAUCAAAUAGGCGGAGGGGAUCCUCCAAUUUCCGAUGGUCUCAGAAUAGGCCAGCAAAAGCAUCAACCAAGGAUUCCGCCCGGGUUGACGCUUUAUUCCAGCAGAUUGUUAAUGAACAAACCGCGAGGAAAGAUGCGCCCGUUAUUUCCCCACCAGAGAAUUCUAAAAACAACUUGGCCCUCGUUAACGCCAUUGGGAAUUUAGAGCGCAUGUUCAAAGAUGAUGGUUCUGAGGUAAAGGCAUAUAACUAUCUCAUGAAUGAGAUUUACCCUAUAAUUCAGGACCCAGAUGUCAUCGUACCCAAGGUUUUCUAUAGGGUGGUUCCUAUCUUAAUGGAGAAAAUAAUUGCUGCUAAAAGGAAGGCUAUACGUUCCCCUGAACUACCUUCGGUCCCUGAUAUCUUUCGGGUCUACACGGAUAUUAACGACAUGAAUCCCCAACGUUGGGCCGUGCUUGUAGGGGAGUUGAUCCAAAGCAUCGUUCAAAUCAAACCCGAGGUGGAAAAGCAAGGACUUGCCCUAGCGCAAGGGGGGCUCGUCCGUCAUGAUGCCAUGCUCGCGGAUUUGGUCGAAUCCUGGAAGAUUCUGUCCCUACCAAAGGUGGUACCCCCCCAAAGUGACGAUGUGUUGUCCGACGGUUUCUGGUUCCCAAUGCUCGAUAAAUUCUCAUUAAAGAAGUAUUCUGACAUGGGGAACUUCACUGCUGCUCUAAGCAGUAUCUUUCCACACCAUAGCCGGGACGAGCUAGGUGCUCCUGUGGCUGUUCUGGCCAUUGUUACAUAUGCUUUGUUGCUUGAGCCUCAACGAAGCAAUGCGGAUGCUCGGCGGAGUGCUACACGUUUUAUUAACAUGCUAUCCUACCUCAUAGCGCAUGUAAAUUUUCGAGAUGCGUCUCUCCAAAGGCUGACUUCAACUCACUUCCCAGGCCUAGAAAGCUACAUUAUGGCUCGGUGGCCCAGGCUUAAGGAAGAGCUCAAAGAGAGGGUAGAGUCGAUAACGACGUUAUCGACCACCCAGGUCAAUACUAUUGAAUCGCCUUCGACUAGUGGAAGGAAAUUCAAUGCGGCAUCCUUGGGGGGGCAUCUUGCGCGGGCUGUAACUUCUAGUAGAAAUAACGAAGUAGAUAGGCUCUGGGAGAAAUUUGUAGGGUCAGAAAAGGAUAUUCCCUCCGACAGAGCAGAGGAGCUCCGAAAGCAUCCAGAACUUUUCGAUUCUUUCGUCGGUGCUCGGAUGUCUUUAAAUCGACCCGACCAAGCGAUAGCCGCACUAAACACUUUGCGCCAAGUCGGGCUCAAGCCGACAGUAAAGACAUGGACCCUCAUGCUUGACGGCUGCAAAAAUUCCCAUAACCUCAACGCUCUUAAGAAAGUGUGGACGAGAAUUGCAGACUCGGGGAUGAGGCUGGACGUGCAGAUAUGGACCGCUCGCGUGUCUGGGUUGAUCGAAUGCCGCGAUUUUCGAGGUGGUCUUGAAGCUUUGGAAGAGAUGAACACACUAUGGAAACAGAGCUCCCGAGACGAAAACUCGACGGCGGUCAAACCAACAAUUGAACCUGUAAAUGCCGCUCUUGUAGGCCUUCUUCGCGAAAACCGCGUUUCCGAGGCUGAAAAUCUAGUGGUUUGGGCUGGUAAACAGGGCAUUGAACCAGAUAUCUUCACGUACAAUACUCUGCUACGUCGUUUCGUUCGCGACAGACGAACUAACGAUGUACGGGCGAUCUUCGACCUUAUGCGAGAUACCGGCGUAAAUGCGGACGAAGCGACAUUUACCAUCGUAAUCGACGCCGCAUUCCAAGGAAUAGAUCCCGAUGACACAGAAGAGCAACUCAAAACAGUAGCGGGCGUGCUCGACGAUAUGCACGCGGCCGGGCUUGAGGCAAACAUAAUAACGUAUGGCAAGAUGAUCAACUCCCUAUUGCGGUUGGGCGACCGCUCUCAUAUUGCCAUCAAGGCUGUACUUGCGCGCCUCUGGGACCAGGGUUACGAGCUGUCGACACAUAUCUACACCAUGCUCAUCGAUCACUAUUUCGCACGCAAUCCACCCGACCUCAAUGCCGUCGAGUCGUUGCUGCGGCGUCGUCGCUUGCUCGACUAUGACGACAUGGACCCCACGUUCUACAACAGUGUCAUUAAAGGGUUUACACGUGUAGGCCGACUGAACAAGGCGCUCGAAUUUUAUCACCGUGUUGCUAAGGCUGGUAACACCAUUUUUCUGAACACUCAAUUGUCGCUGUUAAAUGCCUUGUUGGAACAGGAGCGUGUAGAUGAGGCGAAUGACGUGGUGGCUACAGCGAAGAAAAUGUUCGAGGAGCCCAAGAAUGAGGCCGGGAAGGUUAGGUUUCCGGACCAUUCAUUCUGGAGCUCAGCUCGGCGAUAUGGGCUUCUCAAGGAAUAAAGCACUGCUGCUCCUCUCUCGUGGGCAUAUUUUGUACAUAUUUGUGUAUAAAUUUAUCAGGUAUAUAUCCAAAACGUCAGUAUAGACUCCGUUAUAAACCAUGUAGAGUAGAUCAAGUC